AUGUCGUGGAUGAAAUUUACUGAUAGGUUUAAAGAUCAAUUUUAUCCUAAAGUUGUAGUUAGACAUUUAGAGGAAGAAUACUUAAAGUUGGAACAAUGGAACAUGACUGUACGAGUGUACACUGAGAAAUUUAUUGAACAUUUCAGAUUUGCAGAACACUAUAUCUCCUCAGAAUCCCGUAAAGUUGAACGAUAUGUUUGGGGAUUGAAACCUUCUAUCCGAGAAUUUGGAAUUGUAAAGGAUCCUGCUACAUUCCCAUUUGCUGUUGAUGUGGCUGAAAUCGCAGAAAGAAAUAGAAAUAGACAAAUAGGAGAGAAAGUCGGGGAGAAGAGAAAAUGGAAGGGAUCAUCAGCAGACUUUCGUAGACCAAAAAUUGAGGAUUUUUUUGAUCAGCUGGUUGGGGCUAGCUAUUUCUCCAAGAUUGAUCUACGAUCAGGUUAUCAUCAACUGAAAGUUCGGGAUGAAGAUGUAGCCAAAACUGCCUCUCGUAUUAGAACACGCGAACAUCUUCGUUUAAUUCUGAAACUUUUGAAGAGAAAAAAGUUAUAUGCUAAAUUGUCGAAAUACGAAUUUUGGUUGAGGGAAGUUCAAUUAUUGGGUCAUGUAGUUUUAGAAACAGGUGUUAAGGUUGAUUUAGUGAAAAUUGAAGCUAUUGAGAAAUGGGAGACACUGCGAACGCCCACAAAGAUCAGACGUUUCCUAGGUUUAGCUGGGUAUUACUGA